AUGGUUCAUUUGUCUGCUAUUGCCCUGGCAUUGGCUGGUGUUUUGCCUCAGUUAACACAAGCAGCUGGCUUGAACACUGCUGCCGUUGCCAAAGGACUGCUAUACUUCGGAUCAGCGACUGACAACCCUGAGUUGACCGAUAGCGCAUAUUUGACUCAGUUGAGCAACAGAGAUGACUUUGGUCAGAUUACCCCUGGCAACUCUCAAAAGUGGGAUGCGACUGAGCCAACGCAGAACACCUUCUCGUUCACCAAGGGCGAUGUCAUUGCAGACCUUGCUUCUACCAAUGGCCAGAAGCUCCGAUGCCAUAACUUGGUCUGGCAUAGUCAACUGCCCAGCUGGGUCUCAAGCGGCACUUGGACCAACGCAACACUGAUUGCGGCUAUGAAGAACCACAUCACCAACGUUGUAACUCACUACAAGGGGAAGUGUUAUGCCUGGGAUGUCGUCAAUGAAGCCCUCAACGAGGACGGCAGCUACCGCAGCAGUAUCUUCUACACAACUAUUGGCGAAGCCUACCUCCCCAUCGCGUUCGCAGCUGCCGCCGCCGCCGACCCAUCCGUCAAGCUCUACUACAACGACUACAACAUCGAAUCCCCCGGUUCCAAGUCAACAGGCGCUCAGAAGAUUGUCAAGCUUGUUCAGUCAUAUGGUGCCAAAAUUGAUGGUGUUGGUCUGCAGGCUCAUUUCAUCGUUGGAAGUACCCCUAGCAAGAGCGCGCAGACUACCAACUUGGCUGCAUUCACGGCUCUUGGUGUCGAGGUUGCCUAUACCGAGCUUGACAUUCGUAUGACCUUGCCUUCAACUGCUGCCUUGCUUGCUCAGCAGUCGACUGACUAUCAGGACACUGUUGCCGCUUGUGUGGCUAAUGCCAAGUGUGUUGGUGUUACUAUCUGGGACUACACUGACAAGUACUCCUGGGUGCCUAGCACCUUUUCGGGUCAGGGUGCUGCCUGUCCUUGGGAUGAUAAUUUGGUUAAGAAGCCUGCUUAUACUGGUAUCUUGAAUGCUCUUGGGGGUUCGGGUUCUUCGACUACCACUGCCACUACUCUCGCCACUACGACUAAGGCUACUACUACCACUACUGCUAGCUCAGGUAGCAGUACUGGCGUUGCUCACUGGGGACAGUGUGGUGGCUCGGGAUGGACCGGAGGUACUACUUGUGCUAGUGGGUAUACUUGCACCUACUCCAAUGCCUGGUACUCGCAGUGUCUGUAG